AUGGAUCAUGAAUUUAAUGUAACAUAUAUAACUCUUUAUGGAUAUGCAGACAUGGGGAUAUACAGGUAUGUAAUCUUUUUGGUUAUGUUGGCAGUAUAUAUUCUCUCAUUUAGCUUUAAUGCUAUCAUUGUGUACCUUAUCUGGAUACACAGGGACCUCCAUGAGCCAAUGUACAUUUUUAUUGCAGCUUUGCUCCUGAACUCUGCUAUUACCAGCACUAAUGUGUACCCAAAGUUGUUAAUUGACAUUUUAUCUGAAAAACAGGUCAUAUCAUAUUCAGCCUGUCUCCUUCAAUGUUAUGUCCAUUACUCGUUUAGUGCUUCAGAUUUCUUGUUGUUGUCAGCCAUGGCCUAUGACAGGUAUGUUUCUAUAUGCAAACCUCUGCAAUAUACGACAAUAAUGACUCAAAACACUGUGGGUAUGAUCUUGGCUAUAGCUUGGCUUCUGCCUCUAUGUGAAGUUGCAGUCCCAACAAUACUGAGUUCAAACAUGAAACUCUGUAAUUUCACUUUAAAAGCAAUUUAUUGUAACAAUACAUAUUACAGUCUGUACUGUGUGACUUCAAUGGCAAGAUCAAUUGUUGAUAUGUGUAAUAUCAUGAAUAUGGUAGUUUUUCCUAUACUCUUCAUACUAUUUACAUAUACCAGAAUAUUUAUAAUAUGCUACAGAAGCAGCAGAAAUGUCAGGAUGAAAGCUGCACAGACCUGUUUACCCCACCUGAUAAUCUUGGUUAGUUUCUCCUGCAUGAGUUUAUAUCAUGUCACAAUAAUUGAAGUGGAUGUGGAAUCUGAGGCACAUUUCAUAAACACAUUACAAGCAUUUUGUUAUUAUCCUCUCUUUAAUCCAGUUGUAUACGGACUUAAGGUGAAAGAAAUCUUUAAACACCUGAAGGGGUUGUUGUCUCCAGCAAAAAUCAUUUGA